CCUUGCACAGUUCUCGCUUGCAUGUUGUCCGAGAGAGUAGACGAAGAUUCAGCUCACGCUUUCCGCGUUGCUGAAUCGGACUAUCCCUGAUAAACUCAACUCGAUGUUAUCUCGAUAGAUCGAAUUAGAACAUUGGAAUAGGAGGAAGCUAUUCGUGAUCAAACUUGACGCCGCUCGCAAAGAGCUCAGACAACGCUUCUUGAAGCUUGUGAAAAAGAGUCUGGAACAUUAUUUUUUAGUCAGUCUCAUUCUACUCAAACACAACGUCAGGAGCUGAGAGAAACAAACAAUUGCAGGGUCGAUACCCUCUCGGACGCAGGUUCUCGGACCGAAGGAAAGCCACAAAGGCUGCUCCAGUCACCGCAGCUCGUUCUAAGCCUCCUGCAACCCAUACCAGUCGAGCAUCAGCCCAAGGAGGAGGCAAAACAAUGACAAAGAAAGAUUCUCGCCGGAGCGGACAUGAUCACGCCUUGGUCUCUCAAUCAAUGGUAUGUCUGCCUGGUCGUGAGUCCACACAGCAUGGCGAUGGUGGUCAUCAAGAUGGCAUGGUAGUGUUACGUGCCGAUGAACUACGGGAAGCGCUUGAGAGCAGUAGCAUGGUGACGCUGACAGAUCGCGUGGAGUCCUGGCUGAGGUUGACCGGGUCUAAAGAUCAGGAGAGCAAGCAGCCUAUCGAUCUGCUGCCAAAGCCAUCCCAGGGCAUGGGGCAAUCCGGCACUCGUAGAGCCAGGCCGGGGAGGCAUCGUUCACGUCCUGUUUGGAACCAAUCGACUUGCAUCACGCCUAAGCCACACAAUGUAUCUCAGCUACCCAUACUACCCGUACAUGGCCAUAGUUGCUCAUGCGUGGGAUGUGAGCGCAUCAAGAAAUCACGGCAUACACAGCAGAAUGAUUUGAGUAGCAGCUCCAAGAAGCGCCUCACCUUGCCAGCCAUUGGACUAAGCGGUGGACAAAGCAAGAAACAUGUGCGAUCAUCCACAUUCCCAGCAACCAUCAGCGAUCAGCAGAAGCUUUGGCCUCCUCAGCAGCAGCAUCAUCGUCAGCAUGGUUCCACCCAGUCACAGUUGGUCACAGGCAACCGUACAAGCGUGCACGAUCACGACAGGUUUAUGAGGCACUUGCCUGGUAUUCCAGAGUCGCAGCUGACCAAGUCUAUGGGCCCGAUCACCGACAGACAGGCUGAACUGCUCUCCUGGGCUAGUGACAACAAGAAACCACCGGCUGCAGUCACUGGCAUGCCACAGGGUCCUGAUGAUGUUAGGCUGAUUGCCACUGGAACACAUGGACCGAUGUUCACCAGACCAAGCAACCGACCUGUUACAGUACAGAAGCCGGUGGUGGGCGCACGCUUUCCCAAACAGCCAGCAACACUGCCUCCAAUAGAGCCAUUGGCCCAGGCACAUGGCAAAGAUGACAGUAUCCCCAAACCAAAUACUAUCCAGCAGCUUUCAUCACACAAGCAAACACCCAGUGUGUGCCUUCGAACAGAGAAAGCUAAGCAACAGACUGUUGAUGAGCAAGAAGGAAGGACACCAACAGACUAUGGAGAUGCUGAAAGCAUGGACAGUUUCCGCAGCGAUAGCUUGUCUAGCCAUGGCUUGGAGCUAUACAGUGACGACGAGGAAGAUGAAUACUUUGAUGUGUCCGACCUCGUCACGGCUGCGCAAAGUCCGUGUGAAGCCCCUGCCAAGGACACCGAUGUACUUCAACAACAUGGAUUGAAGCUGCAAGAGCACAAACAAGACGAAGGACUUGCGUCCGGAUUUCCCGUGCGAAGAGCACGUAAAGAGGAGCUGCAAGACUUGCAGCAGUUUGCCGAGUGGGCAGAGCGGUUUGGUGGUGGUAUGAAGGGCAUGUCAAUUGCCAGUCUCAUGCAAGACUGCCGAGAAGCACGACAUGAUGAUCACCAUGGUGAUAUGAGCAGCAGGAACAAGCCAUCUGUAACUGCUAGGCGUGCAGCACAGAACGUCGAGAGAAAACUGAGCCAGAAGCAAGAGAACCAGCAGAAACUCAGGGAGAUUGAGCGCAUUCGCAAAGAGCUGAUCUCCAUGCGUCAACGCCAUGCCUUGCAACAACAAGAGGCUGCCAUCCAGCAAGAAGUGAGGAGGUCGAUGAUAUUCCAAGCGGUUGGAGAGCCAAUCACGACCUGUGAGGAUCAAGCGUGCAAACUCUCUACGCACACGGACACCGUGUCAGUUGAGGACUCGGUCAGUCUAGGUAUCAUGUGAUCACACCGCUGCAGCAGCACUGCGGGACACCACACUGCUGCAUACUUGCCAAGCUGAAAUACAGCUCUUCAGUUGCCAUGGUUACCUGCAAUGCAGCAGCAGUGAGAGCUAGACUAAGCAAAAUGCGUGUCUAUUCGAGUCGGUGGUUAUAUAUUUCGAUUCCCACUACGGUACUCAACUUUCGUUCUUACUAAAUUAUACUCUCACUGGUUCAAAACACUGGCCUCUGGUUUUUUUGGCUUUUUCUGCUUUUCUUUAUCUCUCUUUCCUUUUUGCAUACUGUGACAAUCCACAAUUCAGUGGACGAAACAUUUUCCUAUUCUUCUUUCUCUACCUGAAUUACUGCCGUGGACAUGGAAAUCCGGUCGCACGUCUAGUGGCCCAGGGCACUGGCCAUGCAGCCGUGGAUAAGCGGUACAUACAUGCAUUUAUGCGCUGCAGCGUGCUGGUCGUAUUGGAUCAGCAAGUAAGUGCACUGCACGCAGCGUUCUGAACGCGCUGAGGGCGCCGGCCCCGGUCCGGCAAUCGACUGGAUUUCCAUGUCCGCUACAGUAGUUAAAAAAAGCAUUAUCAGUGUAUGUAUUAGUCUUGCAUUUCUCAGUUUAGAUUCUCUUAGCCUAGCUCAAACUUCACGUUUUACUAGUUAACAGUACAUAGCCCAGUUUCGUUGUCACAUGACUUGCUAGAAUCGCUCUGUUGGA